UCGGAGGAGGGUUGUUGUGUAACUGUGUUGGAGGGUCGUCUGUAAAAUUUGGGAAAAAGAGACCAUGGAAUCCUCAUUUGUUGUCAAAGAGAGCAUAGUCGAUAAUUUUGAUGAAGAAUUUGGGACUUUGUCAGGCCGGGCGUACCUGGACCAUGCCGGUACCACGCUGUACAGCCGCUCGCAGCUGGCGGCGGUGCGUCGCGACCUGGAGCGGAGCGUGUACGGUAACCCCCACACCCGCAGCCCGGCCAGCCGCACCACCUCGGACGCCAUCGACCAGGCGCGCUUCAGGCUUCUGCAACAUUUUCACACGGUCAGUGACCAGUACCAGGUGGUGUUCACCUCUGGCGCGACAGCAGCUCUGGCGCUGGUGGCUGACGCGUUCCAGUUCGGCGGUGAGCCGGGGGAGCCCGGCGCCUUCGUCUACCUCCAGGAGAGCCACACCUCAGUGCUUGGGAUGCGCGCCCGCCUGGCCGGCCGCCCGGUCAGCGUCACGGCUCUGCCGGCCGCCGCUGCCGCCGCGGCUCUGUCUGGAGCAGAGGAUGGAGACGAGGAGCCGGAGACGGCUCCUGUGGACGGGGAACGGUCGGAGGGGGACUCCGGAGCGGCGGACGGGGAGCGGCGCGGUCUGUUCGCGUUCCCGGCGCAGUGUAACUUCUCCGGCGUGAAGUACCCGCUGCGCUGGGUGGCGGCGGCGCGGCGCGGGGCGCUGGACGGCCUCAGUACCGGCUCGGUGGUGCGUGGCCCGCCCCCAACACCCGGCUGUCGCUGGUACACCCUGCUGGACGCCGCCAGUUUCGCCGCCACCUGCGACCUGGACCUGAGCCGCGUGCAGCCCGACUUCGUCUGCAUAUCGUUCUACAAGAUGUUUGGAUACCCCACUGGGCUCGGUGCCCUUCUGGUCCACCGUCGGGCGGAGCACACCCUCCAAAAGGCCUACUUUGGCGGCGGCACCGUCCAGGUGUCACUGGCUGGCGAGGACUUCCACGUGCCGCGGGAGGCCCUCCACGAAAGGAUGGAGGACGGGACGGUACCGUUUCUGGCGAUCGCUGCCGUCACCCACGGCCUGGACACGCUACGCAGACUGACAGGCUCGAUGUCGGCCGUGUCGUCUCACGUGUUUGGCCUGGCCCGGUACACGUACCGCCGCCUGGCGGAGCUGCGACACGGCAGCGGCGCGCCCGUCGUCCGGCUGUACGCUGACACCGAGUACGACAGCGCGGUCACACAGGGCGGUAUCGUGGCCUUCAACCUGCUCCGACCCGACGGAGAGUUCUUCGGGUCGACAGAGGUGGAGAAGUUUGCCGAGGUGUACGACAUCGACCUGCGCACGGGCUGCUUCUGUAACCCCGGCGCCUGCCAGCGCCACCUGGGGCUCAGCACCGAUACCGUCCGGCAGCACUUCAAGGCGGGUCACGUGUGCGGCGACGAGACAGACCUGAUCGACGGCCGACCGACGGGCGCCGUGCGGGUCAGUUUCGGCUACAUGUCCCGGCGCAGUGACGCCGACCGGCUACUGCUGAUGGUGCGCCAGUGCUUCGUCAGUGCCGAACCGUGCCCGGAGGAGACGGCAGAGAGACUGCGCAGGGCUCAGGCGCGACGGUCCACGGCCGACUCCACUGUCACUGCCACAGCUAAAGUCGCCACGUCAGAUACGAGCAUAGGGAAUGGUAUCCAACCCAGCUCAGAGAACGGCAGCUUGGUGAAGACCUCGCCACCUCCAGAAAACUCUAAAGCCUCCGCUGAGUCGGCGUCCUGUCCAAGAUUCUUCCCCUCAAUCAUCAGUGGCCGUCCCACCGAAGACCACCUCUGACCGACCGUCUCCCGCCCGCUGGCUCUCUCCAACGGCACACCACCACCGGGUCCCGUCGCGCAGCUGAGCGCGCUGGUGGUGUUCCCGGUGAAGUCGUGCUGUGGUUUCUCGGUGCCCUGGUGGCCUCUGGGGCCGCGCGGCCUCCUCUACGACCGGCACUGGAUGGUGGUGACGGCCGCCGGCGCGGCGCUGACGCAGAAACGACAGCCGGCGCUCUGCCGGGUCCGGCCAGAGGUGUGCCUUCAUACUGGGCUGCUGAGACUGACGGCAGAUGGAUUCCCGUCCGUGUGCGUGCCGCUGUGGCCGGACCCCUCUCUCUCCCGCACACCGCUCUCUAUGUGCGAGUCGCGGGUGUGCGGUGACCGGGUGGGCGGCCUCGACUGCGGCGACGAGGCGGCUGAGUGGCUGAGUCAGGUGCUAGACCAGGACGGGGUGCGGCUGGUGCGACAGAACCCGGCCUCGGCCCGCGCCGCCAAACUGAACGGCUCCUCUCCAGGCGGCUCGGGCGCCUCUCUCUCCCUCUCCAACGAGUCGCCGUACGUGAUGGUGAACCGCUCCAGUGUGGCAGCCCUGAGGGAGGCUCUGCAGGAGCGCGGCGUCGACGACGGGGUCACGGAGGACGAGCUGACGGACCGGUUCCGGGCCAACCUGGUCGUGUCCGGCGUCCCCGCCUACCAGGAGGAUACCAUGCACUCGGUCACCGUCGGAGACGUCACUCUCAAGGUCCUGGGCGGCUGCAGCCGGUGUCACAUGGUGGGCGUGGACCAGGCCACCGGUCACCGCUCUCCCGAGCCUCUGCUCACCCUCAGUGCCACCAGGGGACGGAGGAUGCCGUUCGGCGUGCACCUCGGACCGCCCGGGGGCACCGCGCCGCCCGACAACGCACUGCUCAGUGUUGGACAGACGGUCUCAUGGAGGGUGGCGGACGGAGGGGAGGGGACAGAACAGAAGCACUGACGGGAUGUAGAGCAGGGAUGACUGACGAUGAAGUAGUACUUAGCUCAAGAGCCAGGCGUUAGGGAUUGAGAAUUCAGAUCGCCAAAUGCGGCUGCGCAAUUUAGAAGCAGGCAUACCGUUUCGUUCGUGGGCGUCGCUCGUCUGGCACCGCUGCUGCCUGCGCCAGCGGGCAGUGGCCGCCGCGGCAGCUCUGGUCACCUCGCGGCUCCCUCUCAACAGCCCGCGACCGGCGGCGGCGCGACCUUCUGGCCCUGGCUCGGUAUGUCCGGCCGUAGCCGCGGGUCGUCUGCCGGCGGCCAGGCGCGCCGGCGCUGCCCCAUGGCCAGUUCUGGGAGCUAUUCCGUGGCGCCGGCCACGCCUGGACACGGCUCGGGUGGCCGGCCGGUCUCUAACGAUCCUCGGCGGCACAGCGGCGGCGGGGACACACUGCGUGGUAUUUCUGGAGCGGUCGGACGGAGGUCGCCGGCCUUUCCCCCGUCCGUCCAAUCGCCUGGAUGGCCAGUGGCUAUUGCAGGGUCUUGUCACCUCGUCUUUUGUUGAUUGCUGGUUGAGGGCUGAGUUAAGAUGAAUAAUAACGCUAGUAGGUACAGUUAGGUGGUAGGCAUAUGAGGCUAUUUUAUCUCAGUGAGUCUUGUCUUUCUCAUCACCUUGUUGACUUAUCUGUGUAUGAAUUCUAUCCAUGGAACUUAUAUGGACAAUGGCCAUGGUUGAUGCUGCGUUUAUAGCUCUACAUAUGUUGCAAUGAGCACACGUUAGUUACACGCCAGUAAUGGUGAGGUAUUUAAUGUUCUUCCAGAUAUAUUUGUGAUGCUGUUGAUCAGUAUAAGGUUGAUUGCAUCGUGCAACUUUCUUGUAUGUUUAGGAUUAUCAUCUUUUCGUCAGAAUGCUAACAGGGUAUAUUCUACUCUAUUAGGUAACCGCAUUGAAUUGUUUACUUACUAGUCUCGGAAUGUUGCGGCAAUAUGUCUGCCAUAAGGCUGCUCGCCCUAUAUAGUUUAUUUAUCGAGGCGUUCGAUCAUGACGUCUGCCUCGUCUCUGAAAUGUUGGGAAACACGCGAUUGCGUGCUUUACAGCCGCCUCGCCGAGUCGUUCGUUACCGUCUGCACCACCCGCCCUGGUCUGAGCCGCGUCACCUCAUGUCGGACCCGUGUUCUAGAGGGCUCCGCGGCGGCGGCGACCGGCUGACGCGGCCGUCGGUCCGCAGAAACGGCCGGUCAAUACCGGCGGGCCGGUUCGAUCGGCGAGCGGCAGACCCGGCCGGCAUAGGUGCCGCCCUGUGUCGGCAGCCACCGGUGGCAAUACCUGUGUCUGCUCACCUCAGACAAAAGUCCACACCUGGUGACGCAGUGUUUGCAACAAGUCGCUCUUACUGAGCUGAGCAGUUGGCAGUCCAGAACCUCAUUGCUUCUGUACCGUCCACUCGCAGCUCCCUUUUGAACUCUAGACAUCCGAGCCUCCCAUUCUCAUACCGUUCAAAGGUCCCAGGACUGGCCGAUCCCUUUCGCCCGGGCUGACCGUUGACCGGCGACUCAGCUUGUAACUCUCGCCAGUUGUUUGGUCAGUGGACCGUAGUCCUGGUCCGUAGUCCAAUGCGGUGUCUAUUGGUGCCACCGCGGUACUUUGAAGCAUUGUGAUCGGCCUUGGUUGAGACGGUGAUCAGAUCGACGCAGCUUGAAGUUUUAAAUCGCUUGUUUAUCGUGCUACUGUUAAUUUUAGUGCGUGAGUGGAUGAUGUUCUUGGCGAAUGAACAGAUAUUUACUCCUCGUUGCUUAGUCAUAUUGAUACAAUAAUCACGUAGGAAAGUCCAGCUAAAGUAUAUAUUUUUAUGCAAUUGCAUUUCGAACGGAUCGCUCGCUGCCUGGCCUCUUGAGGUUCGCGGCUGAUCAGCCUUCCAUAUCGCGGGAUUGUGCGGUAGACUGGGUGCGAUCCGGUGGUGUACCGGCCGGGGUCUGCCUGCACCGCUCGGCCCGCCGCAGGCUGUCGUCAGCCAGCGGUAGGCUGGUACGUUGAGCAUCACCACCUGCAGCGCUCAAUACCGACCGCUGGUCACGGGGGUCGCCUGACGGUGCUACCUCCCACACGGCAGCGACCGGUCACCGGCGGCUGGGGAGGGUCAGCCCGCCCGCCCCGGUCUGUCGAUCCCGAGCGGUGGGAGUGGCCGAUUAAUGUGCUGUAAACUUAGGGGGAGACGGUCGUCCCGGUUUACAGUCAUCCGAUCAUGGUGAUCGGGAAACGUGUUCCUUUCCGAGCACUCGGUGAGCCCCCAGGGCUCUUCAUGUCGCCCUCGCUUCCUCGUCUUCCGUUUCCCUCCAAAGCCUUGUUACCGAUGAGUAGAAGAGUGUAUUUACAAAUUUCAGAUUUUACUAAUGUACAGCACACACGGACGUUAGACGGUAUACUAAAACUACGCGCAUGCGCUAGACGGUCUAUCUAGCAACGUGAGACAUGCGCAGCGUGUGUGCGCGGAUAUACGAGUAUACAUAAGCAAUGUCGCACCGACACAUGCGCAGCAGGUGUGCGCGGCUGUAGGGAACUCCUACACUACCCCCUCCCUAGACGGGUCGCGAACGUGACGCGUCGAGAUCGCUGUGGGGAUCGAACGUCGUGAUCGGUGCGAGAGCGCAAGAUAGAUCGCGGUGGAGCUGGUCCCGGUGCUGCUGCUCUUGGAGAUGGUUGUUCUGCAGGCGGCGUGUCUUGUGGCAGCAUCAGCUCCAGGCCGUCCGACCGGGCAGCUGAUGGUGGCAGAGUCGCAGAGGCAGGAGACUGCUGCGCAGGUAGGUGUGGCGUCUCUUCCGGAGACGCAGGCUCGCAGUGGUCGAUGUUGCUGGUUGGUGCGCUGGCGGCCACCGGCUGCUUGUUGGGUGGAGCUGGCGUCGGCGUCGGUCGCUUCGGUAGGUUGCCGCGAGGAGAUGCGCUGAGUGAGGCGUCAGCGUCGAUCCGUUGCUGUUUGGCAGUCUUCGUGUUCCGCACGAAGAGAAGUGUUGCGGCAGAUGCUUUCGACCGACUGCACGGAGGCUCGCAGCGGCGGGCCUUGUUGCCGAAACGCUGGUGGUACCAGCAGACAGAGCUGUCUGGGUACGUCGGCGUCGGAGGGCGUGAUGGGCGAGGCGUAUGACGGAUGCGAUGUCGACCUUUGUUGCGGUGGGAGAAACUGCACGGCGCUUUGCAGCGACGCGCUCUGGCACCGAAGCGCUGGUGGUACCAGCAGAUCUCGUAGGUUGAUGGAUGCGCUGGCUUUAGAGGGCGGUUUUCAUGGCGUCGUUGAUGCUGGCUUCGGCCAAGUUGCGAUGCUGCGCCUUUGAGUCGACGCUGGGUGGCCUCCAUUUGCUGUACUCGGACGAUGAGGGUCGCGAUGGUGGCUAGCAGGGCUGUGAGCCGACCUGCUGCCUCGGGUUCGGGUGCCGGCGAGCUGAAGCUGGUUGCGGGAGGAGCGGUGUGCUGCCGGGUGGCGUCGCUCGACUCCAUGGUGUGGUCCACGAGUAGCCCGGAUCACGUCGGGGUCACCAGUGUAAACUUAGGGGGAGACGGUCGUCCCGGUUUACAGUCAUCCGAUCAUGGUGAUCGGGAAACGUGUUCCUUUCCGAGCACUCGGUGAGCCCCCAGGGCUCUUCAUGUCGCCCUCGCUUCCUCGUCUUCCGUUUCCCUCCAAAGCCUUGUUACCGAUGAGUAGAAGAGUGUAUUUACAAAUUUCAGAUUUUACUAAUGUACAGCACACACGGACGUUAGACGGUAUACUAAAACUACGCGCAUGCGCUAGACGGUCUAUCUAGCAACGUGAGACAUGCGCAGCGUGUGUGCGCGGAUAUACGAGUAUACAUAAGCAAUGUCGCACCGACACAUGCGCAGCAGGUGUGCGCGGCUGUAGGGAACUCCUACAGUGCUCCGGGAGUCUUUCUGCAGUGUCUCAGAACCCAAUGCCGCCGGCUCGGUGGUCAUUAGGUUUGUGUUUGUUGCUCUACUGUCAGAGUAUUGUGAUUUUGUCUCCUGCGACCCGGCCCGGCCGGGCCUGUUGUGACGGGACCGGUCGGCGGCUAGUGUCUGUGGCUUCCCUGUGCCUGGUGCCGUCCAUAGAAUUAUACACGAUAAUGUGGCCUGUAGAACAUUGUAGCUCGUCAGUAGACAAUCGUGCCAGUGUGAUCGUACCUGUGCCAAGUAUUUUGUAUUACGCUUCACUUGAAAUGGCCUUACAACCGGUGCUUGAUGGGAAUGCACGCACUGUAAUUGUGAACUUCACAUAUCACACUGUGGUGAUUGUAGAAUAAAUACAGGACUGUAUUCUCUC